AUGGCUUUUACUUUGAAAGAGCGCCAGCUGAUUGGAAUCCAUGGUUUGCUACCACCUACAGUAUUAACUCAAGAGGUGCAAGUUCAGCGUGUAAUGAAUAGUAUUAAAGUAAAGCCUAAUGAUUUAGAGAGAUUCAUCUACUUGAUGAGUUUGCAAGAUCGAAAUGAAAAAUUAUUUUAUCGAGUAAUUCAAGAUCACCUGGAAGAAUUAAUGCCUAUAAUCUAUACACCUGUUGUCGGUUUAGCGGGUCUUUUUAUAUCUAUUUAUGAUAAAGGAAACGUCAAAUCGAUAUUAAGAUCUUGGCCAGAAAUCGAUGUUAAGGCUAUUGUAUUUACGGAUGGUGAACGUAUUCUAGGUCUAGGAGAUCUAGGCUGCUACGGAAUGGGAAUUCCUGUUGGCAAGCUAUCUUUAUAUACAGCUUGUGCCGGAGUGAAACCUUCUCAAUGCUUACCAGUAAUGUUAGAUGUUGGAACAGAUAAUAAGGAAUUACUCGAUGAUCCUUUCUACAUUGGAAUCCGACGUCCACGGGAAAGAGGGCCAGCAUAUGAUGAACUAAUUGAAGAAUUUAUGCAGGCAGUCGUCGAAAGAUAUGGUGAAACAACGCUAAUGCAAUUUGAAGAUUUCGGAAAUAGAAAUGCUUUUCGAUUACUAGAUAAAUUUCGAAAUCGAUUUUGUACUUUUAACGACGACAUUCAAGGAACUGCUGGGGUUACGGUUGCUGGUUUACUAGGUGCUAUGCGAAUAACGAAGAAAAGCCUUGCUGAUAAUGUAUUCUUGUUUCAAGGAGCUGGAGAAGCUGCUAUUGGCAUAGCAAACUUGAUUGUUAGUGCGUUAAUGGAAGAAGGACUGGCUGAAAGCGAUGCUAGAAAGAAAGUAUGGCUAGUAGACUCCAAAGGCCUGGUUGUCAAUAAUCGUUCCAAAGGAGGCAUUAAUGAACAUAAGCAGCCAUUUGCUCAUGAUCACAAAUACAUUCCUACAUUAGCCGAGGCAGUAAAAGUAAUAAAACCGACAGCAAUUAUAGGUGUCGCAGCCAUUAGUCGAGCUUUCACUAAGGAAAUUAUAGAAGAUAUGGCAAGAAUAAAUGAAAAUCCAAUUAUAUUUGCUUUAAGUAACCCUACUGCAAAGUCUGAAUGCACCUUUGAAGAGGCCUAUCAGUACACUAAUGGCAAGUGCAUCUUUGCUAGUGGUAGCCCAUUCCCUCCAAUUACCAAAAAAGAUGGAAGCCAGAUUAUUCCUGGACAAGGAAAUAAUGCUUAUAUAUUUCCCGGAGUUGCAUUAGGAGUCAUAGCAGCUGCUUCUAAAACUAUCCCUGAAUCGACGUUUUUAAUUGCCGCAAAGUCUUUGGCCAAUCAAGUUACGGACGAAGACUUGAAACAAGGCAGAGUUUAUCCACCAUUAACAGACAUUCGCAAAGUCUCACGUAAAAUUGCCAUCGAUGUCGCGGAUUACUCUUACAACAUUCAUUUAUCAAAUCGACUACCCAGACCUGCAAAUACAGCUGAAUUGAUUGACUCAUUUAUCUACUCCACUGAUUAUGAGUCUUUCGUUCCGCAUACAUACGAAUGGCCAUCACUAUAA